ACACCCACCGGAAACAGCCAGGAGAGGACAACAUGGCCGCUACCCAGUGUCUUUGGUUACCGAGCCGGGCUUCUCUCAGGCUGGCCCUGCUUCAGCUGCCCGGCCCCUGUCUCUGCCGUGCUUUUCACGAGAAGGCAGCUAGUUCUGAGUUUAAGAGCAUCUACAGUCUAGACAAGUUGUACCCGAACUCCCGCGGCCGAGAGACUGCCUGGAGAGUCCCGGAUGAUGCAAAACAGUCCAGUACUGACAUUCCUAUAGAUCGCCUACAGAUAUCUUAUUCCAAGAGUAGUGGUCCUGGAGGGCAGAAUGUUAAUAAAGUAAAUACUAAGACUGAAGUCCGGUUCCAUUUAGCAACAGCAGACUGGAUUGCAGAGCCUGUCCAGCAAAAGAUUGCUGUCUUGUUUAAAAAUAAGAUCAACAAAUCAGGAGAGUUGAUUAUUACCUCUGAUUCCAGCCGCUAUCAGUUUCGAAAUUUGGCAAAUUGCCUCCAGAAAAUUAGAGAUAUGAUUGCCCAGGCCAGCCAAAUUCCCAAAGAGCCAUCAAAAGAGGAUGCUGUGCUUCGAAGGAUCAGGGUAGAAAACAUGAAUCGUGAAAGGCUCAAACAGAAGAGAAUCCAUUCUGCCAUAAAGGCAGACAGGAAAGUAGAUAUGGACUGAAUUCAACUUCCAACUUCAUGAAGGAGACCUCUUCAGCGGUUCUCAGACUGGUUCUGCUCAUAAUGUAACAUCAUGGCACAUGGACUUUUAAGUUAGAAAGACUACAAAUUUAAGUUCUAUGCAAUUCACAACAUACCCCUGAGAAACUUGUGUCAUGCCUUUUGAGAACUCUUGAGUCUAAGAAGUGCAAUUGACAGUCAUUCAGAAACCCGAAGAAAUGGUUCCUAGUGUAAUAAGUGAAAGAAAAAAUACACCUUUUUGUAUUUAACAAUAAAGUAUUUCCAAUUA